UGCCAACGGUUGACACUCGGUCACGUGUCCCCGCAGGCAUCGAGCUGAUAGUAAACGCAUGGAUAACAACAAUAAUAUAAUCUCGUGGUUUAACUCGUUUCGUUCUUGUACGUGACGUCGAUGCCACGUAACAACUCUCCAUUAACGAGUGAAACGUAUUUCAUAGUCGGACUGGUGUUUAUAGUGUGAUGUCGAUAGUUUCCGCCUCUCUCUCCUAUCGGAAAUAUGGGAAAAGAAGACAAAGGAGAUAGGGAAAUCGACGAAAUUCUGGCCCAUCUCGGUCAGUUCGGGAGAUUUCAAUUGUAUAUUUAUAUAUUAGCUUGUAUACCACAGAUAUUCGUUGGGAUUCAUAUGCUUUCUAGCGUUUUCGUCGAAUACGUGCCCGAACACAGAUGUUACGUUCCUACCUGUGAUAAUUCUACAUCCGACUACAAUGAACCGUGGGUAGAAUAUGCUAUACCCAAAGAUGGAAGCGGAGACGAUUCAUUGGAUGAGCAUCAGUGUACUUAUUAUGAAAGUAAACAGUACCCAAACACUACUAGUUGUUCGAGAGAUAGUUUUACUAAAACAUUAGUAGAAUGUGAUGAUUGGAAAUGGGAUAAGGAAGUGUUUGAAUCGACAGUUGUAUCAGAUUUUAAACUUGUUUGUAAAUCGAAAAGUAAGAAAACGAUGUCUGAAGCUUUAUUUAUGUUUGGAGUUCUGACUGGUUCGGUUACUUUCGGACAUGCUGCGGACAGGUGGGGACGAAAAUCUGUUUUCCUAGUAGCUCCUGCAAUGCUGGCAGCUUCGUCCAUAUCUACUGCAUUUGCAAAUAGUUUACCCUUAUUUUCUUUCUUGAGGUUUGUUACAGCUGCAAGUGUCUCUGGAUUGUUUCAAACCGGUUAUGUCCUAGCAAUAGAAUUUGUCGGAAAAACAAAACGUUUAUGGUGUGCUAACUCGUUGCAAAUGGUGUUUGCCGUAGGAGAGCUGUUGCUAGCCGGUGCUGCGGCAAUUUCUAAAAAGAACUGGCAAACUCUGCAAUUAAUAAUAUCGGCCCCGACUGUCCUUUUAUUAGGUUACAAUUGGCUGUUACCAGAAUCAGCGAGGUGGCAAAUUUCGAAAAAUCAAUUUCAUAAGGCACGUUCUACUAUUUUAAAAGCUGCAUCUUGGAAUAAAGUAACCAUUCCAGAAAAUUUACUGAGAUCGCUUAAUGAUCCUGGAUUACAUGAGAAUACAAGACAUACUCGUUCAAACCCAAUAGAUCUGGUAAGAACUCCAACAAUGCGUAAAUGGACUUUAAAUUUGUUUUUUAACUGGAUUGUAAAUGCUAUGGUGUAUUAUGGCCUUUCUCUUAGUGCAUCGAAGUUCAGCAAUAAUGUUUAUUUAAGCUUUUCGGUAAUGGCUCUAGUCGAAAUACCUGCCAUUGCAUUAUCUACGGUACUUCUGAAACGUAUCGGAAGACGACCAGUCCUCUGUUGGGUUAUGAUAUUAGGAGGAAUUUGUUGUCUUACUACUCCAUUUAUACCAAAGAUUUACGGAACAAUAAUGGCAAUUUUGGGGAAGGCUGCAAUCGGUGCAUCUUUUUCAAUCAUUUAUAUUUAUUCCUCGGAAAUUUAUCCAACGGUUUUAAGAAAUACGGGGCUUGGAAUGAGCAGUAUGUGCGCCCGACUUGGCGGCAUAGUCGCACCAUUUAUAGCUGGAAUGCGGCAAUUUCAUUCCAAGUUACCGAUGAUAAUUUUUGGAGUAAGUACAAUUAUUGCUGGGGUUCUUGCAUUUUUAUUACCGGAAACUAAUAAUAGAGAACUUCCAGAAAAUAUAGAUGAAGCAGAAAAAUUGAAAAGCCGCGAUUCUGGCGAUGAGAGAUCUCAAAUUGAUUCGCAAGACGAUGAAGAAAGAUUAAGACUUUUAGCUGGAUAAUGUUGUUUUGUGGUGAAUAAAA